UGUUAUGCUGAAAAAGAUCUCAACUUUUUUUCCUACCUUGGUCACUAAGCUGUUCUUUGACCUUCUCAAAUGUAAUAACAAAAAUCUCUGAAUAUUUAUCCAAAGAUCAAAACUUUUUCUCUUUCUUGGGAUUAUUUGGCUUUUGCUUUGUCUUUUUUUUUGAUUUAUUUAUCUACUUGGAUUGCUUAUUCAAUCUUUUAUCCAUGGUUGCAUAGUUAUUUUGCUGAUUACAUGAACUUGUGUUCUUACUUAGAUAAGAUUUUGGGUUCAUCUUGUUUCUUGAUUUGCUAUACUUGAAGUUGAACAAGUUCUUGAUUUUAGUACUUUUUUGACGAGUGUUGUGUUUGAUAGAAGAGGGUUUGACUUUUUCUUGAUCAUUUGAUUGAAAUAAUCAAGAUCUUGUUGAUUUUGAGUGGCCAUUAUAGAGCUAUGUUUGUAAUUGUAAGAUAUUAAACUAUUGGGGAACUGAAAGAUUGAAUUUUGGAAUUAGUAUCAAAUGGGGAACACUUGUGUUGGACCUAGUAUUUCUAGAAAUAGGUUCUUGCAGUCUGUUUCAGCUGCAAUGUGGCCGUCUCGGGUGCCGGAUGACACUGCUUCCACCACUAAUGGUGGGAGUAGUAGGGGUGGAACAGCAGAAUCUGGGAAAGACCCUGAUGUGGUAGUUCAAAAUAGGGCACCUGAACAGAUGACAAUGCCUAAGUCUGAACAGAAGGAAGUGGAACCAGUGAAGAAGGAAGAGGAACCGGUAAAGCCUAAGAAGGCGGUAGAGAUGAAGAGGGUAGGUAGUGCAGGACUUAAGACUGAUUCUGUGUUACAGAAGAAAACAGGCAACUUAAAAGAGUUUUUCAGUAUAGGUAAGAAAUUAGGACAAGGACAAUUUGGGACUACAUUUAAAUGUGUCGAAAAAGGGACAGGGAAAGAGUAUGCUUGUAAAUCGAUUGCUAAGAGGAAGUUGUUGACAGAUGAUGAUGUUGAAGAUGUUAGAAGGGAAAUUCAGAUAAUGCAUCACUUAGCAGGGCAUCCGAAUGUUAUAUCGAUAAAAGGGGCUUAUGAGGAUGCGGUAGCUGUUCAUGUAGUUAUGGAACGGUGUGCUGGAGGUGAGCUUUUCGAUAGGAUUAUUCAGCGGGGGCAUUAUACAGAAAGAAAAGCAGCUGAGCUCACAAGGACUAUUUUUGGAGUUGUUGAAGCUUGUCAUUCGCUGAGCGUCAUGCAUCGUGAUCUUAAGCCUGAAAAUUUCCUUUUUGUUGAUCAGAAGGAGGAUUCACUUCUCAAAACUAUUGAUUUUGGAUUGUCAGUUUUCUUCAAACCAGGUGAGAGAUUUACUGAUGUUGUUGGUAGUCCUUAUUAUGUUGCACCGGAAGUUCUCAAAAAACGGUAUGGUCCUGAAGCUGAUGUUUGGAGUGCUGGUGUGAUUGUGUACAUCUUAUUAAGUGGAGUGCCUCCUUUUUGGGCUGAAAAUGAGCAAGGAAUAUUUGAACAAGUCCUGCAUGGAGAUCUUGACUUCUCAUCAGAUCCAUGGCCUAGUAUUUCAGAAGAUGCAAAAGACUUAGUCAGGGGAAUGCUUGUUCGAGAUCCCAGAAAACGUUUAACUGCUCAUGAAGUCUUGUGCCAUCGUUGGGUUCAAGUUGAUGGUGUGGCUCCAGAUAAGCCUCUGGAUUCUGCAGUUCUAAGUCGAAUGAAACAAUUUUCUGCAAUGAACAAGCUCAAGAAGAUGGCUUUGAGAGUCAUUGCUGAAAGCCUGUCUGAAGAAGAAAUUGCCGGUCUGAAAGAAAUGUUCAAGAUGAUUGAUACAGACAAUAGUGGUCAAAUAACUUUUGAGGAGCUCAAAGUUGGUUUAAAAAGAGUAGGCGCUAAUCUCAAGGAAUCUGAGAUCUAUGAUCUUAUGCAAGCAGCAGAUGUUGAUAACAGCGGCACAAUUGACUAUGGGGAAUUUAUCGCUGCAACAUUACAUUUCAAUAAAAUUGAAAGAGAAGAUCAUCUAUUUGCUGCUUUCUCUUACUUUGAUAAAGAUGGAAGUGGCUACAUCACCGCAGAUGAGCUUCAACAAGCUUGUGAGGAAUUUGGCAUCGGUGACGUCCAUCUGGAAGAUAUGAUCAGAGAUGCUGAUCAGGACAAUGAUGGGCGCAUUGAUUACAAUGAGUUUGUCGCGAUGAUGCAAAAGGGACAUCCAGCGAGUGGUGGUGGCAAGAAAGGUCUAGAACACAGUUUCAGCACCGGAUUUAGAGACGCUCUAAAACUUUAGAGAGCCUUUGCCUUUCAUCCCCCUCCUUUAGUUUUGUUGUAUAGUAGAAACUAGUGCUUGCCAAAGCAACAACCUUGCUUUUUCAAUGCACAUCAGUAACAUUUUUCCCAGUUU